AUGGAAGAGGAGGAGGGAGAUAUUAGUGCGUACCACUCCAACGAGUGGCUCGACAGGGUGGCUGCGCUCAAUAUCAAGCACGAUGCACCUGAUCGCAAGACACACGGAUACAGGGACCUAUAUUCCGAAUGUCGCUCGGUCUCUCGCAUGGGAGGUCAGUACUCACCGUACAAGGAUAUCCUUUCCCUUGGCGUUGCGGAGUAUGGGAGAGAUCCGGAGAUCUGCGCGGCCACGACCAAGAAAGGAAGCACAAUGUAUCACUACCGGGACGUCUUCGAUGUUGUGGUGGACUAUAUCGAUGAGUUUGAAGAUCACAUCGAGUAUUUCAAGUCCGAUGCGACCAAGUUAGGAUGUCUGUCCACGUUCAUCACUCAACUUCGGGGCCGAACGCGCAGCGACGACCUCAGUCGUGUAAAGACUCAUCUAUCCGACUAUAUCCAUAUCCCGGUCACGCCAUCAGGCAACAAAGAUAUCUUGGAGAGGUCUUGCCGGGGUUGGAAUGAUACGCACGGCUGUGCAACCCUCCUUGUUCCUAUCGGAAAGGAGUAUGAUGAGUUUUUACUCGACCCGGCGGCAUACUGCAAGAAGAUGAAUGAAGGCCGGCACAAGCUCCGCUCAGACAACUUUCCCCGCGCGUUCUACGACCUCGAGAUGCUUGCUGAAGACCCCGACGUCCCUCUGGAGGACGCCCUUCAUCAGUAA